AUGGCCCCAAAUGGUCGGCUAAUAUUUCUGCUGUUUUACUUGAUAUUCGCUAUCGAUGGCGCUCCAAUUGGACACAAAGAAAAGCGAUUCCCGUCGGCGAUCAUUAUUGGUGUGAAAAAGGCUGGCACCCGUGCUUUACUGGAGUUCCUUCGACUCAAUCAAAAAAUCCACGCACCCGGCCCAGAGGUUCACUUUUUCGACAAAAACUACGAGAAGGGACUCGAGUGGUAUAGAAAUCAAAUGCCGGAAACAACGUGGAAUGAGGUGACAAUCGAGAAGAGUCCAGCCUAUUUUGUGAGCAAGAGCGCUCCGGAGCGUAUCCGACAAAUGAAUCCAAAGAUGAAGUUGAUCGUCGUUGUUAGAGAUCCAGUCACAAGAGCGAUAUCAGAUUAUACACAAGCUUCGCUGAAAAAGAAACGCCUCGGGAUGAUGCCGAGUUUCGAGCGAAUGGCUGUGGGUGAUUGCUCGGGAUGGCUGAAGACGAAUUGUACAGCAAAAACGAGAGGCGUGAAUGCAAAUUGGGGAGCGAUUCGAUUAGGAAUCUAUCAUCGACAUAUGCGCCAUUGGUUAAAUCAUUUCCCGUUGGAUCAAAUACAUUUCGUUGACGGUGAGAGGUUGAUUCGAGAUCCUGCCUCGGAAGUCGCGUCAACCGAACGAUUCUUAGGACUUGAACCAAUGGUACACGAUGCCGAUUUCGCAGUUGAUCCGAUUAAGGGUUUUCCAUGCGUUCGACGAAAUGAUCAAACUCUUCACUGUCUUGGGAAAAGCAAAGGAAGAAAGCAUCCAAAUGUUGAUCGAAAGGUUCUGGAGAAAUUAGAGCGAUUUUAUCAACCGGAAAACGAGAUCUUCUUCCGUUUAAUCAACAAGCACUUUUCUUGG